UAACAGCAGCAGCCGCCGCCGCCGCAAGAAUUGAAUGACCAGAACGGGCCACCGGCUCCUGCACCGAAUGCGCUUCUGCCGGUCGUGCCUUCCGUGACCGAAUCGUUGUUGCCGUCAUCGCCGUCAGCAGAGCAACCAUCCGAUCCGAUUGUGCCGGCAACGAACUUGCUACCGUCGGUCUAGCCUCCCGUGCCCGGCCUGACGCCGUCGCCGCCGCCGCAAGAAUUGAAUGACCAGAACGGGCCACCGGCUCCUGCACCGAAUGCGCUUCUGCCGGUCGUGCCUUCCGUGACCGAAUCUCGAUUGCCGCCACCUUUUCCACCAGUGAAGCAAGUUGAUAUGAGGGAGCCGCCGGCGGAGUUGCCGCUAGCUCCGUCGACUAGUGUCAUUCCUACCACGGACCCUCAGGGGCCUGCUCCCGCGACUGGAGAUGAAAAUGAACCCUUGAGCACAAAUUUGUAUCCACCUACGCCGAAGCCUUUUCCGUCUGUGAUCGAGAAACCAUCUUCGGAGAAGCCGUCUAAGACGAGUGGUGAAAGCGACUUGCCGGACCUGUCCAUGAGCGAAUAUAUGGAGUCACCGCCUCCAGUGGCGGCGCCUCCGAGCGAUUUAGAUGACAAUGUUGAAACGCCUACGUCGUCCGAACUUGUGCCAAAAACGCCUGCAGUGAUUAAGUACCCAAUUGCUAUUGAGACGAAUCCGGAUAACGUGGAUGAGCAGGACGUGUCGGAGCAAGACGUGGCGGAGCAGAUCGAACAAAUCCGGUCCGAUGUGAUAAUGUAUGAUGAAUCCGCCACGCCCAUACCGGUAAAAUGUGGUUCGUAUGAUCCGUUCGCUAUCCCGGAUGAGAUUACCGAGAUUGAGAAGCCGGUUGUGCUGAACAUUGCGGGGAAUACGGGUAAAGGCGGUUUGGAGGACGCGAUGACCUACGUCCGAGGCAAGACGGCCGCCACUGACGAAGCCGGUGCUGCAGGUACCAACGUGAUUGGAGGACGUAAUACAUACGUGGACACGGAUGACAGCGAGGCGCUAUCAGCGUUAGCCGCGGCAUUCCAUGAUUUCUUGCGCUACGCAUCGGUGGCGUUUGCAGGUAUCUCGGUGGCGCUGCUUCUGUUCUUCCAUUUUGUCUCCCUGGAUGCCAAUUUGAUUUGGGUGAAUGCUGCGUGGAGCCCGAACACGUGGGAGUUCUUAUUCUACGUCGGCUACUUGCAGCAGAUGCAGGCCGCGUCGGAACUAACGCUUCUCAAGACUCCGUACUUUUUGUGGGAUUACACGGAUUCGUUCGCGUGGAGCAACUACUUGAUCCAGGACUCUUCCAGUGUCUCAAUUGAGUCUCGUCGUUUGGAAACGAUUGUACUGGGUGGCGUCGUAUCGUACGCUGAUCGUAUCGGUAUCUCGGAGGGGAGCAUUUUGGCGCAAAGCGUCAUUGGAUUUGCCGUGAUCAUGGCCGUUCUUCUGGUCGUCUUCCUAGUGCUGGCUGUGAUGGCCAAGCGUAAGGCGGUGCGGGCACUGGACGAUUCCUCGGACUUGAACAACUACACCUCUGGUGUACACCGUCUCCGCAGCGUGUCCAUUCGCGCACUUGGACUGUGUGUGUUGGCUUCCGCAAUCGCCGAUGCGCUCGUGGUGGCCAUUAUUGCACUGGUGGUGGUGUGUUUUGGCGUGCUGGCUGUUGCUGGGCGUGUGAUCAUGCACAAGACUAAGGACGAGCUGGAGCAGUUUGAGAAUUUAGCUACGUGGGGCUCGCUCUACUGUGAGUACACUUAUCGCAGCCGGAUGUUUUUCGUGAUUGACGUGGUGGUCCAGAUCACGACCGGUAUUCUGGUGGGCUCCGCAGCAGGUGAUCCGACUCAGCUCAUAGUAGUCGUAGGCAUCCAAGCGCUGUAUCUCGCAUGCGUCUUCAUCAUGUCACCGUUCGCGGAACAAAUGGUGCUUCGCAUCACAUACGCCCUGGGACUGCUCAAGAUCCUGAACUUUGGUCUGGCUUUCGCAUUCCUGAACUCGAACACCAUGUCGGCCACAGCUCGCACGCAUGUAGCCCACGCUUACGUCGGCAUCAACUCGGCUGUGAUCCUGUUCUGGUUCGUGCGCCAACUCAUUGUUUUCAGCACGUAUAUCCGCGCGUGGAUGGUACAUUCCAACAACGAGUCGCGCCGCAGCGAAUCUGUGAUCAAGUACGAUCCACAGACGGAUGCAGAGUCAGACCCGAUGGCCAGCCAGUUCAACGGCGGUCUUAACGAUAGCAGACUGAAUCACAACGGGUACAACCAGUCGGGUGCGACGCUGUCGAUGCCUCCAG